AUGGAUUUUAUUGACUACUAUAAAAUCUUGCAGUUGAUUCCAACAGCAAAUACAGAUGAGAUCAAGACGGCUUAUCGACAACUGGCCAAGACGACACACCCAGAUAAGAAUCGCGAGGAUAAACAAGCCACUUCCAAUUUUCAAAAGCUCAACGACGCAUACUCUACACUAUCAGACACGGAAAAGCGUCGAGUUUACGAUUUGGAGUACGAACGGCAAAGAAGAUUAAAUCAGCCUCGUUUUUAUACUAUAGGGAGAACAAGCGAAUCCACGAAUAAGAAUGCUGCACCCUUUCCCUGGUUCAGUGCAACGUUCUACGCGGAACCUCCCCCAUUCAACCCCGAACCAAUGCGAUUAUUCGUUAAAAUACGGGAAUCGGAGGAUUUCAUUCGGCAGUUCAAGUCUUGCGUAUCAAGCACCGGCAAAGAAGUGAGACGCCAAAAGCGAACGAUACAAAAGAAAGAAGAAGCUGUACGAGCUCUUAAAGAAGAUAUCUUGAAACACGGGACCGAAAAGACGAGGGAAUAUGCUUACGGGGAUGGGCCGUCAAAUUUAAACCGUAUUAGAGAAAGCUCUCAGAUUCAAGCGAAAACGAGACGUAAGGCUGAAAUUGAAGCUGAGCUAAAGGAGGAAGAAGAAAAGCUGGUGGCCGUUCAAUACCGUGCGGCGUAG